GCAUUCGAGAAACAUUUCUCUUAUCGCAAAGAAAGCAUAAUCCACAGCUUGGUUUAAAUAAAAGUCAAACGCGCGAUUAUGAUGAAUUAAUAUCUAGCACGCUUGCAGGCGGAAUAACUGGUGGUUUUCUGUCCAGUAUCACGCGAGGUCCAACGUAUGCUUUACGUGGCACCGUAGGCUUUUCA